GCAAAGACAGCAAGCUGUCAACCCAUUCACGGCGCUUCAUCACCCAAAUCACUUUGCAAGUCAUUUUGCAAACCCCAACAAUCUACCGGAGAGUUAAAAAAUUAAAAAGAUAUUAAUUAAACAACAAUUAAACAAACCGAAUAUAAACAUGGUUUUCGGCAAUGACUGGAUGGAUGCUGCCCACAGCACAGGAACAACAAUUAUGGCCGUGGAGUUUGAUGGUGGCGUCGUUAUUGGUGCUGAUUCUCGUACUAGUACCGGGGUGUAUGUGGCCAACAGAGUAACCGAUAAAUUGACCCGCAUUACGGAUAAAAUCUAUUGCUGUCGUAGUGGCUCAGCUGCCGAUACCCAAGCUAUUGCAGAUAUUGUGGCCUACUCAUUAAAUUAUCAUGAAAAUCAAACUGGUGAUGAACCUUUGGUAGCAGAGGCUGCUUCGGAGUUCCGCAACUAUUGUUAUAACUAUAGAGAUUCGUUGGUGGCUGGAAUUAUUGUUGCUGGCUGGGACAAAAAGCGUGGCGGUCAAGUUUACUCCAUUCCCUUGGGUGGUAUGCUAAAGCGGGAAGCUGUGACCAUUGGCGGAUCUGGUUCGAGUUAUAUUUACGGUUUUGUUAGGGAAUUCUUUAAACCAAACAUGAAGAAGGAUGAAUGCGUUGAAUUCGUGAAAAAGGCUGUGCGACAUGCUAUAUAUCACGAUGGCAGUUCUGGUGGUGUUGUACGUAUUGGAAUCAUCACUGAAGAUGGCAUUGAACGAAAACUUUUCUUUAAUACAGAAUCAGGAGAAGCUGUUGUUGUGGGUCAAUAAGGAAAUUAAAAAGUUUUUGCUUUAAUAUAGCCUCUAAUUUUUGGUAUCUUAAAACAUUUUUAAUAUAAAAUACAUGGAAUAAACUGAGAAGCAUAAAUGGAGCUUCAAAGAAGCUAA